UGGAAGUGGGAUAUGACGGGGGAGAAAAGUCUGGAAAGAAACAGAAUUUCACUAAGGAGAAGCCCAAGCCAGUUGCUGUGAGACAUGUCAGAGAUCCCACAUGGAGAGCAGCACAUUCCCUGGUGAUGGAAUGAAUGUAGGACCUCCCUGUGCAGGAGCUGGUGGAUCAGGCUGUCCAAGGAAGCUGCCACUGUCAGCACUGAAAUGGUGUUGGCAGGAGCAGGGCAGUGUUUGCACUGCUGUGCCCGUGCCAUCCCUGACCUGCUCCUUCUCUUCCCAGUGCUUCUGGGAGGUGCAAAACACUUCCUUGCACUCCAUCUGCUCAUAGCCAUGCUCAGCACAUCCAUUCCCACAGGAACCCUCAGUUUGGGACUGUAUCCCGGUCACUCCACAUCUCCUUACGCCCCAUCCCGUCUCCCCGUGUUUGAUUCCUUCUCACACCCAGAGAACAGACCCUCAGCCCUGGGAAUGGUGUCUGGAGGCUGUGACAGCCCUUUUGCUUUCUGUUCAGGACCUUCUGGGAGGAUCACACCUGGAGGGGGCUGCGGAAGAGAAUUCCCUUUGGACACCCUGGUUGGCACAAGGCUCCCACUCCCUGGGUGUUUGGGCAGGACAGGUUUUACUCCGAGGAGCAGGACCAGCACCCAGGGCAGCAAUGGAGCGCCUGGCCUCCUUCAGCAAUGACCCCUUUGACAAGCCCCCGUGCCGAGGCUGCUCCUCGUACCUCUCGGAGCCCUACGUGAAGUGUGCUGAGUGUGGGCCCCCUCCCUUCCUCCUGUGCCUGCAGUGUUUCACCCGAGGAUUUGAAUACAAGAAACAUCAAAGUGAUCACACCUAUGAGAUAAUGACAUCUGAUUUCCCUGUCUUGGAUCCCAACUGGACAGCUCAGGAGGAAAUGUCUCUCCUCGAAGCUGUGAUGGACUGUGGAUUUGGGAACUGGCAGGACGUAGCCAACCAGAUGUGCACCAAAUCCAAGGAGGAGUGUGAGAAGCACUACAUGAAACACUUCAUCAACAACCCCCUGUUUGCAUCCACCCUGCUGAACCUGAAGCAGGCAGAGGAGGUGCAGCAGCAGGAAACAGCCAUUCCCUUCCACCCUGCUGAUGAUCCCCCACGGCCAACUUUUGAUUCCUUGCUCUCCAGGGACAUGGCUGGGUACAUGCCAGCCAGAGCUGACUUUGUUGAGGAGUUUGACAACUAUGCCGAAUGGGAUUUGAGAGAUAUUGAUUUUGUAGAAGAUGAUUCAGACAUUUUGCAUGCCCUGAAGAUUGCAGUUGUGGAUAUCUAUCAUUCCAGGUUAAAGGAAAGGCAGAGAAGGAAAAAAAUUAUAAGAGAUCAUGGCCUGAUCAACCUCAGAAAAUUUCAGAUUCUGGAGAGGCGGUACCCGAAGGAGGUUCAGGACCUUUACGAGACCAUGCGACGCUUCGCUCGCAUCCUGGGCCCGGUGGAGCACGACAAGUUCAUCGAGAGCCACGCACUGGAGUUUGAGCUGCGAAGGGAAAUAAAGAGACUCCAGGAAUACAGAGCAGCAGGAAUCACCAAUUUCUGCAGUGCCAGGACCUACGACCACCUGAAGAAGAGCCGGGACGAGGAGCGGCUGAAGCGCACGAUGCUCUCGGAGGUGCUGCAGUACAUCCAGGACAGCAGCGCCUGCCAGCAGUGGCUCAGCCGCCAGGCAGACAUUGAUUCCGGCCUGACUCCCACGGUACCAGUUCCUUCAACUACAGGCAGACGGAGCGCCCCACCUCUGAACCUCACAGGGCUGCCAGGGACAGAGAAACUCAACGAGAAGGAGAAGGAGCUCUGUCAGAUGGUGAGGUUGGUCCCUGGAGCCUAUUUGGAAUAUAAAGCUGCUUUAGUGAACGAGUGCAACAAACAGGGGGGCCUGAGACUGGCGCAGGCUCGAGCCCUCAUCAAGAUCGAUGUGAACAAAACCAGGAAAAUCUAUGACUUCCUGAUCAGAGAAGGAUACAUCACAAAGGCCUGAGGACAGGCAGCUUUGGCUGGAGCAGGCAGAUGUGGAGAAGCUUUGAAGUCACUUUGACAGCGCUGAAAGAUUUUACCAGUGUUGAAUGAAGGACAUUUCCUUUUGUUUGAAA